AUUUAGCUACCACAUGUUUGGGCUUUAUCUAAUAAACGUCUCCAUCUUUGCCAUAAAUCCAACAGUUCUCCCUCUCUCUCUCAAUGGCAGAAGAAACCCAACCAAGAUGGGAAGGCAAGCUCAUUGCUGAGCUGAGAGGGCCAACACCGGACCAAGCGUGGCCAUUCCUGGCGGAUUUUUGCAACAUCCACAAGUUGCUUCCCUCCAUAGACACGUGCCACCAAGUCGAGGGCGUCCCAGGCCAGCCUGGCCUCGUCCGGUACUGCGCCUCCACCGUGUCCAGCGACGACUCUGACCCGUCGAAGAUCAAGUGGGUCACUGAGCGGCUCCUCAUGAUGGAUCCUAGUGACAAGUGCUUCAGCUAUGAGGUUGUGGACAACAAUAUUGGGAUCAAGUCCUAUGUUGCCACGAUUAGAGUGCUGCCCAUGAAUGAUGAGGAUGGUAAGAUGGUUGGGUGCAUGAUUGAGUGGUCCUUUGUGGCUGAUCCAGUUGAGCGUUGGGGGCUCCAAGAUAUGAGGUCUUACUUUGAUUUUUGCGUCAAAUCUGUGGCCAAGAAGAUAGAAAGUGCAAUUCAAGAAGCUAGUGGGUGAAUUCAGAAAACGUGAUCUCUCUUGUUGAUUGAUUAAGAAUGCUUUUAUAUACUUUAGUAUGACUCUGUUUGAUCUCUUAAGGUUGUGUUUUGCAUUUCCUGGACCUUCAAUCUCCGCGUGAAUUUCCUUUUUCUUUGCUUCAUCUUGUCCUCUGAAUUUUGAUUUCAGUACUAAUGAUCAAAUUCUUUCAAUUAAUAAUUUAGGCUUAUCUCUUGUGAAGUCUC